CUCCCACUCGCCUGUGUGUGAGAUCCUAAGAAACAAGCUGGCCAGUCAUAACAGAAGAAAGUCUCCAACUCUCUCUUACACACAGCUACACAAUGAGAAACACAUAAAGGAUCAUCUUCACGCCAGCUGUGGACAUCUGUUUGGAUGACUAUGGACUAAAGAGUAAGUGACCAAAGCUUUAACAUCAUUUCUUAUUCUUCAAUGUUUUACACCAAGAUUAUGUGUUAUCUUUGAAUUACUAUCAUGUAGGAGUUUAGACUUUGUUUAGUGUUUUAGUAAAACAUCUUUCCACAGUAUUUCUGGAUCUAUAGAGCUGUGUAUUUCAUUAUACUGUAUAAAACUCCCAACUAAAUAUAAGAGUUAAAAUAGAUUUUAAAAAAUGAACAAAAUAACUUUGACGCUUCUUUUUUUUAUUAUGAGAGCCAUUAGUCUUCUGUGAUUAUUUGAUAAAAUCAAUUAAAGUUGAUUUCCCUUAAAAGAAAAAAAAAUCUCUGUGAUCUCAACAGUUAAUUCCUCAGUGUCAAACAAGACAGGACACAAAGGAGAAAAGGAGAAGCAUCAACCCAUCUGAAAAUCAACAGCCAUUUUUUAGACUGGACUAAACUCCCAGUGAGAGAGAUUUUUUUAAAGGACCUCUUUUUAAAUUUGGGAGAGCUUUUCUUCAGUCAUCAUGGCAUCCACAGGUCUCCAGCUGCUGGGCUUGGUGUUGGCCAUGCUGGGUUGGGCGUGUGGAGUCUUGGUGUGUGCUGCCCCUCUGUGGCGUGUCUCUGCAUUCGUCGGUGGGGAGCUGGUGAUUGCCCAGAUGCUGUGGGAGGGCCUGUGGAUGAACUGUCUGUCACAGACCACGGGCCACAUCCAGUGCAAGACUUAUGACUCCACCCUGGCUCUGCCCAUGUCCCUCCAGGUGGCCCGAGGCCUCAUUGUCCUCUCCCUGCUCCUCUGCCUCCUGGCCCUUAUGCUUGGGGUGACAGGGGCUAAGUGUACCCACUGCAUGGGAGAUGGAAACCAGGUCUCCAAAGCUCGGCUUGCGAGGAUAUCAGGGGUGCUCUUUCUUGUGGCGGGCCUGGCUUACUUGGUACCAAUCUGCUGGACUGCCUACGCAAUCAUCAGGGACUUCUAUGAUCCAAAUGUUGCAGCCCCAUUGAAGAGAGAGCUGGGGCCGGCUCUGUACCUGGGCUGGGGAGCCUGUUUGAUGCUUCUCGUGGGGGGUGCGUUGUUGCAUGUGGGCUCUUCUCCACCAGCAGGAAAAACACUGCCUGUGGGAAGAGUAGCAGCAAAAGACAACCCACACACAGGGGCAGGAGGAGAAGUGAAGCAACAGGAGAAAUCGUUCGUAUGAGAUAAAUUUACAGGACAUGUCAGACCCAAACACAGAUGUCAUGACCUCAUUGAAAACAGCCUGCACAGUUUCAUGUCCUGUGAAGCUCAGCUGGUUAAAUUUCCCUGUAAUUGUUUGAAAAACCACCAUGUCAAAUGGUUUCUGAUACUAUUUAAUUCAUUAAAUAGUGUGGGAGUUGACAUGAAUUGUGGGAGGAUAAUAGAAGUUUAGAUGUUUACUAAUGCGUGUGACUUACAUUUCUCAAAUUCCACUCUGCCUCUGCUUGUUUGUGUGUGUGUGUGUAUUUGUCUGUGUGUGUAGGCAGUCUGUGUACAGAAGGCCAGUGUACAUUGUGCAUCACUGUAUGCUGAUGUAAUAGCUCAAAAUAUGAGUGGGAAGCCAGUGUGAUGCUUGUUUAAUUAUUUAUUUAUCUUUAUUAAAUUAUUAACAAGCUUC